CAAAGUUUCAAUUUGCCUCAUUCAAGUAAUCAAGUGCACAAUUACUAUUAACUAUUUCCAGUUUCCAGAUAAUACUACCUUGAUCUUCCUGUUGCGUUGAGAUUGCAUUUACCGAAACCGCACAAGAAUCGCCAACAAAAUGUCUGCUACCGAAGGAAAGGUUAUUAAGUGUCGUGCUGCUGUUGCUUGGGAAGCAAAAAAACCUCUAUCUAUCGAAGAAAUCGAGGUUGAUCCACCAAAAGCUAAUGAAGUUCGUAUAAAAAUUCUCUCGACUGGAGUGUGCCACACCGACGCUUACACUUUGGACGGCUGUGAUCCCGAGGGAGUAUUCCCAGUUGUUUUAGGCCAUGAAGGCGCCGGUAUUGUUGAGAGUGUUGGACCUGGAGUUACAAAAUUCAAGGCUGGCGAUCAUGUCAUUCCAUUGUACGUUCCUCAGUGCAAUGAUUGUAAAUUUUGUCGCAGUCCAAAAACUAAUUUAUGCCAAACAAUUCGUCUAACUCAGGGACGAGGAGUGCUGCCGGAUGGCACUUCACGAUUCCGAUGCAAAGGCCAAUCGUUGUUUCAUUUCAUGGGAACUUCAACUUUUACAGAAUAUACUGUAGUUGCUGAUAUAUCUGUUUGCAAGAUUAAUGAGAAGGCACCAUUUGACAAAGUUUGCUUAUUGGGUUGUGGUAUUCCAACUGGAUAUGGAGCCGCAUUGAAUACUGCUAAGGUUGAGCCCGGUAGUACUUGUGCCAUUUGGGGUCUAGGUGCAGUCGGUCUUGCCGUUGCAAUGGGUUGCAAAAAAGCCGGUGCAUCUAAAAUCUAUGGCAUCGACAUCAAUCCAAAUAAAUUUGAAAUUGGAAAAAAAUUCGGAGUUACUGAUUUUAUCAAUCCAAAGGAUUACGAAGGUAAAGGUCCAAUCCAAAAUGUUUUAAUAGAUCUUUUGGAUGGUGGAUUUGAUUAUUCAUUCGAAUGCAUUGGUAAUAUAAAUACAAUGCGAGCUGCGCUCGAGUCAACUCACAAGGGUUGGGGUGUAUCGGUUAUUAUUGGAGUUGCUGCAUCUGGCCAAGAGAUUAGUACCCGUCCGUUCCAACUUGUUGUCGGUCGUACAUGGAAGGGCACGGCUUUUGGUGGAUGGAAAAGUGUUGAAUCAGUUCCAAAAUUAGUCGAUGAAUAUUUAGAGAAGAAAUUGAUGAUUGAUGAGUUUGUAACACACAAUAUGGAACUGAACGAUAUCAAUAAGGCCUUUGAACUUAUGCACGAAGGUGCUAGCAUUCGAAGUGUUGUAAAAUUGUAAAGUUUUUGAUUUAAUGUAAUGUGUUAAUCAAUUUAUGCUGAUUUAAUAAUUUUGUAUGAAUAAAAUAAUUGCUAUAAUUUUAUAAAA